AUGGACAAGAAAGAUGCCCCCCCUGGGGGGGAUGGAGGAAAAGCAGACACCCUCGGAUCGACUGGCUCCGCCAGAAAAAGAGGAGGGGGGGCCAAGAAGGCGAUGCAGGCCAACAAGUCCGCCCUCAGGGCCCCCCGAGCUCUUUGCUGCCUCACCCUCAGCAACCCCAUCCGCAUGGCAGCACUGGCCCUACCCUUUGAUAUUUUCAUUCUACUUGCCAUUUUUGCCAAUUGUGUGGCCAUGGGCGUCACCAAGCCGUACCCUGAUGAUGACUCCAACGCUAGCAAUCACCAACUGGAACAAGUUGAGUAUGUCUUCCUCGUCAUCUUCACCAUCGAGACCUUCACUAAAAUUCUUGCCUACGGCUUAGUCAUGCACCCCAGCGCCUACAUACGCAGCGGAUGGAACUUGCUUGAUUUCGUUAUCGUCAUUGUCGGGUUGUUUAGUGUGAUAGCAGAGGGCAUGACAGAUCAUAAGCCAGGAGAGGCCCAUCAUGCUGCAGGAAAACCUGGAGGCCUGGAUGUCAAAGCUCUCAGAGCCUUCAGGGUGUUACGCCCGCUUCGGCUCGUAUCUGGAGUGCCAAGUUUACAAAUUGUGUUGAACUCCAUCAUGAAAGCCAUGGUCCCCCUUCUGCACAUCGGUAUGUUGGUCAUGUUUGUCAUCAUCAUCUAUGCUAUCAUCGGCUUGGAGCUUUUUAUCGGCAGGAUGCACAAGACGUGCUACUCCACCAGCACAGGUCUCAUGGUGGAAGAUGAUCCGUCACCUUGUGCGUUUGCCGGGAGCGGGCGCUUUUGUGUCGGGAAUGGGACUGAAUGCAGGGGCAAGUGGGAGGGCCCCAACGGCGGCAUCACAAACUUCGACAACAUUUUUUUCGCCAUGCUGACAGUUUUCCAGUGCAUCACUAUGGAGGGUUGGACAGAUGUUCUCUACUGGAUGAAUGAUGCCAUUGGCUUUGAGAUUCCAUGGGUUUACUUUGUUUCUCUGGUCAUCUUUGGGUCGUUUUUCAUUAUCAAUCUCGUAUUGGGUGUGUUGAGCGGAGAGUUCUCCAAGGAAAGAGAAAAGGCUGUGGCGCGCGGGGAGCUGCAGAAGGCACAGGAGAGCAAGCAGAUGGAGGAGGACAUGAUAGGCUACAUGGACUGGCUCAUAGAGGCCGAGGAUGUGGACGAAGAAGGAAACAAACGUGCUGCGAUAGCAAAGAAAAAGAUGAUGAAGAAGUUUGGCUGGUACAAGCACAGUGAGGAUGGUGGAGCAGAGUCCGACUCAGAUGAUGAUAUAGCAUACCUCGAUGAUGACAGUGGCUUCUGUUCUUCUCUCAUGGCAAAGAUGAUGGCCAAUAGCUUCUGUGACCAGUUGUGCCAGCUGAAUCAUACAAUGAGGAAGAACUGCCGUGUGGCCGUCAAGACCAAUAACUUUUACUGGUUAGUGCUUCUGCUGGUGUUUCUCAACACAGUGGCCAGUGCCUCCGAGCAUUACGGCCAGCCAACGUGGCUCACAGAAAUGCAAGAGCGAGCCAACAAGAUCCUGCUGCUGCUCUUCACUCUGGAGAUGUUGAUGAAGAUGUACGCCUUUGGCCUGCAGAUCUAUUUCAUGGCGCUGUUCAACCGCUUUGAUUGCUUUGUGGUGUGCGGCGGUAUCCUCGAGACGCUGCUCGUUGAGAUGGAAUUCAUCCCGCCCAUCGGCAUCUCUGUGCUGCGCUGCAUCCGACUGCUCAGGAUAUUCAAGAUGACUCGGCACUGGGCUGCUUUGUCCGACUUGGUCAACUCGCUGCUCAACUCCAUGAAAGCUAUCUGCUCCCUUCUGCUCCUGCUCUUCCUCUUCCUCAUCAUCUUUGCCUUGCUGGGCAUGCAGUUGUUUGGAGGCAAAUUCAACUUUGACGAGACUCAGAUGAAGAGAAGUACUUUUGACUCCUUCCCUCAGGCUCUGCUCACUUGUUUCCAGAUCCUCACCGGAGAGGACUGGAACGCUGUGAUGUACGACGGCAUUAUGGCCUAUGGAGGUCCCAUCUUCCCCAACAUGGUGGUGUGCAUCUACUUUGUCAUCCUCUUUGUCUGUGGUAACUACAUUCUGCUCAAUGUCUUCUUGGCUAUCGCUGUGGACAACUUGGCAGGAGGCGGCGGAAAGACCAAAGUCGAGGAGAAAAAGGAAGAGGAAGAAGAGUGGGAUGAUGAUGAAGAGAAAGAGGAUGAAGAAGCAGGGAACGAGGAGGAUGACUGGCAGGAAAACGAGGAGCUAAGGGCCAUCGAAGGACUGGAGGGAGUUGCUCCAUUAAAGCCUGAGUUCUCAGGGCCCAAAGAGAAGAUCGUCCCAAUCCCUGAUGGAAGCUCCUUCUUCAUUCUUGGAAAGAAAAACUGUUUGCGAGUUGCCUGCCACAACCUCAUCCAUCACCCCUACUUCACCAACUUCAUUCUCAUCUUCAUCAUCAUGAGUAGUAUUUCCCUGGCUGCUGAGGAUCCAAUCAAAUCCCACUCAUUCAGGAACAUAGUGCUCGGUUAUGCCGAUUAUGUUUUCACUUCAGUUUUCACAGUGGAGAUCGUACUGAAGAUGACGGUCUACGGAGCUUUUCUGCACACCGGCUCCUUCUGUCGAAACGCUUUCAACCUUCUUGACCUGCUGGUUGUCAGUGUGUCGCUCACGUCUUUCUUUUUACAUUCAAGUGCUAUCUCUGUGGUCAAGAUCCUCCGAGUGCUGCGAGUGCUUAGGCCUCUUCGAGCCAUUAACAGAGCCAAGGGACUAAAGAAUGUGGUGCAGUGUGUGUUCGUGGCGAUCCGCACCAUCGGCAACAUCUUAAUUGUCACAACACUCCUUCAGUUCAUGUUUGCCUGUAUUGGAGUGCAGCUCUUCAAGGGCAGAUUCUACAGCUGCACAGAUGAAGCCAAACACACUCCUGAUGAGUGCAAGGGAACGUUUGUGAUCUAUCAGGACGGGGAUAUGAACCACCCCAUGGUGAAAGAGAGGAUUUGGGAAAACAGCGAUUUCAACUUUGACAAUGUGCUCAUGGGCAUGCUGGCUUUAUUCACUGUGUCGACAUUUGAAGGCUGGCCACAGCUCCUUUACCGGGCCGUGGACGCCAACGCCAUCAACCGAGGGCCCAUUUACAACUACCGAGUAGAAAUCUCCAUCUUUUUCAUCAUCUACAUCAUCAUCAUCGCCUUCUUCAUGAUGAACAUAUUUGUGGGUUUUGUCAUUAUCACAUUUCGAGAGCAAGGAGAGGCCGAGUUCAAAAACUGUGAGCUCAACAAAAAUCAACGCCAGUGUGUGUACUAUGCUCUCAAAGCUCAGCCUAUAAAGAUUUACAUUCCUAAAAACCCAUCCCAGCUCAAAUUCUGGAGAAUUAUCAACUCCAGCCAGUUUGAAUACAUCAUGUUUGUGCUGAUUCUGGGAAACACCCUCACCCUGGCUGUUCAGCAUUACGAGCAGUCUAAACUAUUCACCUCCAUCAUGGACAUCCUCAACAUGAUAUUCACUGUGGUUUUCACUAUAGAGAUGGUUAUCAAGUUACUGGCUCUGCGGGUUCAUCACUAUUUCAUCGAUCCAUGGAAUUCAUUCGACGCUUUGAUUGUCGUGGGGAGCGUGUUGGACAUUGCCGUCUCCGAGUUAAGCGGAGGAGGCGGCCAUGGUGAGGGUAAAGGAGAGAGUGGAAAAGUGUCCAUCACAUUUUUCCGUCUAUUCCGAGUCUUGAGGUUGGUGAAACUGCUCAGCAAAGGAGAGGGCAUUCGAACGCUCCUCUGGACUUUUGUCAAGUCGCUCCAGGCCUUGCCUUAUGUUGGUCUGCUCAUCGCGAUGAUCUUUUUCAUCUAUGCUGUGAUUGGCAUGCAGACAUUUGGGAAAGUGGCCAUUGAUGACGACACACAUAUCAACAGAAACUGCAACUUCCAGACUUUCUUCAUGGCAGUUCUGGUGCUCUUCCGAUGUGCCACAGGAGAGCAGUGGCAGGAGAUUAUGUUGGCAGCUCUGCCAGGCAGACGCUGUGACCCAGAAGCCGACACCGAGCCUGGUGAAGAGUUCUCCUGCGGUAGCAACUUAGCCUACAUCUACUUCAUCAGCUUCUUCAUGCUCUGUGCUUACCUGAUUAUCAACUUGUUUAUUGCCGUCAUCAUGGACAACUUUGAAUACCUGACACGAGACUGGACGGUGCUCGGCACUCACCACCUGGACGAGUUUAAGAGAGUUUGGUCUGACUACGAUCCAGAGGCCACCGGUCGUAUCAAACACAUCGAUGUCGUCACGAUGCUGCGUAGGAUUCAGCCACCUCUUGGUUUUGGAAAACUGUGUCCUCAUCGUGUUGCAUGCAAGAGACUGGUUGCUAUGAACGUGCCACUGCACAGCGAUGGGACAGUCACCUUCAGCGCUACUUUGUUUGCUCUUGUGCGAACCUCGCUCAAGAUCAAGACUGAAGGCCCCAUCGACCAGCAGAAUGAAGAGCUGAAGGUGAUCAUUAAGAAGCUCUGGAAACGCACCAAGCCCAAGCUCAUUGAUGAAGUCAUUCCUCCCCCUAGAGGGGAUGAGGUGACUUGUGGGAAGUUUUAUGCCAGCUUCUUGAUUCAGGACUAUUUUAAAAAGUUCCGCAAGAGAAAGGAGAGGGAGAGGAAAUCCAAAAGGAAGGACAGAGCGGCUUCUCUGCAGCUCGGGCUGCGGACGCUGCAGGACCUGGCUCCAGAGAUGCGUCUGGCGAUGGCCUGUGACCUGGAAGAAGAGGAGGGUGUGGAUGGAGAGAUGACCGGCGAUGACAUAUUCAACAGCGAGCACGGAACCUCCUCGAAAACACCGCCCGCCGGUGAGUCGCUGCCGCCUAUAGACACGCUGGUAGAGCAGGUAACUGUGCUCAUGGAACCUCAGCCCAAGACAGCCAACGGGGGUGUGAUCACAGAGCAGGUGAUGGGCCUGCAGGAGCACCAGAGACCAGGCUCAGAGCUGGCGGGAGUCAGCGUUGUAACAGAGCAGCCUGUGAGGUCCAAUCCUCUGCCCAUCAGGGUGGACUCCAUCAGCGAGUUGCCUCCUCCUUCUCCUCCUUGUCUUCCUCCUCCUCCUACCCCAGAGAUAGCACAAGUUGUAGUUGAAGAACCGGUCGUACUUGAAGAACCAGUUGUAGUUGAAGAACCGGUCGUACUUGAAGAACCGGUCAUAGUUGAAGAACCGGUAGUUGAAGAACCGGUCGUAGUUGAAGAACUGGUCGUAGUUGAAGAACCGGUCGUAGUUGAAGAACCAGUUGUGGCGGCCACAAACGGAGUAGCUGAGCAGGUUUAUAGCACUGAAGGGGAUGCUGCAAACCUACCAUCAGUAGACAGGUACGUGUAUCCAGAAGCUGUCUCUCCUGAGACAGGCUACCAUGGACAGAGCCUGGAAAGAGUUGGCAGUAUUGGGGGGAUACACUAUGAUACUCAUGCCAACAGCUUUGAUAACGGUUAUAAUGACACCAACAUGAAUGGGAGUGUUAUUGAAAGCCCCAUUCCCUAUGCCACAAAUGGAUAUAAUGGGAAUGGAUACUCAGACAACAGCAACGGCAGUAUCAUUAGCAUCAAUGGGAAUGGAAGUACAAUAAACGGCAUGGAAAAUGGCAGCACUUUCGGUGGCUACACUGGGAAUGGCUACAAUGGAAAUGAGAAUGGCACACAUUUCAGGAGACGACUGCUUCCUCCCAUACCAAGAGGUCGUACACCGUCCUUUAACUUACAGUGUCUGAGGCCACAGACCAAUGGGGAUGACCUCCCCAUCCCAGGGAGCUACCGUGGAAACACAUCCCCAUACAGAUCCCGUCUACAGACCCAGGCCAGCCUGGACGCCCGGCCCAGCAGUGUGUCCUCGAUGACAUCUGCCUCCUGGGUGAACACCACAUCAGCUGGCACCGCUACUCUUCCAGGAAUAAUAGGCCCCGCGGGACGCAGAGGCAAGCUCAUCUACAGCCCUAUGAUCCUUGUGGACGAAGCCACCGGCAACAGCCAGCCGCUGUGGAGCGACGGCUCUGCCAGCCUGCCUGCAGGGAGCAGGGCCCCUGGCUGGUACCCCGGUCAGACCAGGACCUUCGGCAGCAUGAGGAUGCCACCAAUCAACCAGGGCUUCUUAGAUAAAGGCAGUGCAGACAGUCUGGUCGAGUCGAUCCUGAUCUCCGAGGGUCUCGGUGUCUACGCCAGGGACCCCAAGUUUGUGAACUUUGCCAAGCGGGAGAUUGCUGAAGCCUGUCACAUGAGUAUGGACGACAUGGAGAUCGCUGCCACUGACCUCAUAGCUCGCGGAGCCAGUCAGUCCAUUUCUCGCUUUGAGGAGGACCUGGCUGAUGAAAUGAACUGCGUGAUUUCUUACUGAAAUCAGCAAAACUGAAAUAGCUGUGUGAGAAAGUGAAUGUGUGUGUUUUAAUCUGCUCUGGAGAAAACAGUUAGUGGACUGGAGAGCACAAGUGUAAGAAUGAUGUGAUACACAUGGGACAAUUUUGUCUUUUUUGUUGUCCCAUGGUAAAAUGAUGUGUUAGUAAGAUAUACUUUUAAUUGUAAAUGCCAAAACACGCACAUAAUCUCACACACUCACACACACACACACUGAUGUGGCAGGACUCAACAACAAUUCCUAUGAACACUAUGACUGCAGUGUUUUGUGCUAAAUGUGACAGAAAACUGUGGCUCUUAGCAUUAUAAUGACAGUGGACCAUUUUUUUGCAUUGUAUUCUCAUUUUGUACUGUACUUGAAUUGCUGUCACUUUAUACACCUGUAUAAACUGUAAAAAUAGAAAAAUAUUAUACUAUAACAUCAAUAAAACAUUAAUA